AUGGCAAAGGUGUUCGACGCCGCAGAAGUUGCGAAGCAUAACACCUCAGAAAGCUGCUGGGUAAUUCUAUAUGGCGACGUCUAUGAUGUGACGGGAUUUAUUCCGGAACAUCCUGGCGGAUCAAAAGUCGUUCUGAAGCUUGCAGGCCGAGAUGCGACUGAGAAGUUCGAUCCAAUCCACCCUUCCGGUACCUUGGCCGAAAACCUCGACCCGUCGUGCAAACUGGGCCGAGUCGACCUUGCAACACUCGUUGCACCAGCAGUGGAAGAGGCAAGUGCGAAGAGGGACCAAGAAGGGCCUAUAGACGUCCAAACUCUACUCAACCUCGACGAGUUCGAAGAGGUUGCAACGAAAAAGAUUUCACAGAAGGCAUGGGCAUACUACUACUCCGCUUCUGAUGACCUUUUCUCCAAAUCUUUCAAUAAUCAAGUAUACAGACAAAUCCUACUCAGACCGCGAGUCUUUGUCGAUUGCACAAACUGCGACAUAUCUACCACAAUCCUGGGCCACAAGGUUGGCUUGCCCCUUUUUGUCGCCCCGGCGGCAAUGGCUAGACUGGCCCACCCAGAUGGUGAAUACGGCAUUGCGCAAGGAAUAUCUUCCUUUGGAGCGCUACAAAUUAUCUCCAAUAAUGCCUCCCAAAAGCCAGAAGAGAUUGUCGCCAACAGUGCACCAGGACAGAUUUUUGGAUGGCAAAUAUACAUACAGAACGACCGGAAAAAGAGCAUCGCUAUGCUAAAGCGCAUCAAUGCGUUGCCGAAUAUCAAAUUCAUUGUUCUGACCCUCGAUACCCCAGUUCCUGGGAAGCGCGAGCACGACGAGAGAGUCGGCUCGCUUGGUAAGGGUCUCGAUGCGAUAUCCGAUGGCACAGGCGAGAAGCGGGAAUCGAAAGGAGGCGUUGGAAAGACCCUGUUUUUUGGCACCGCCAUGGACCUGACCUGGAAAACUACUCUUGGUUGGCUUAAGGAGCACACCGAUCUUCCCAUCGUGCUGAAGGGUGUUCAGACUCACGAAGAUGCAUACCUGGCGAUGCAGUUUGCACCACAGCUGAAGGCUAUUAUCUUGUCAAACCACGGAGGACGAGCUCUAGAUACAGCACCUCCAGCCGUGCAUACGCUCCUUGAGAUACGCAAAUACUGCCCUGAGGUGCUCAGCCGCAUCGAAGUCUGGGUGGAUGGCGGCAUCAAGCGCGGGACAGACGUGGUAAAAGCGUUGUGCCUUGGCGCGAAAGCCGUUGGUGUUGGGCGAGCGGCGCUGUUUGGACUUGGUGCUGGGGGUAAGGAGGGUGUGGAGCGAACAUUUGAGAUUCUGAAGGGAGAGAUUGAGACUUGCAUGAAACUGCUCGGUGUGGACAAGGUGAGCGACCUUGGACCGAAGUAUAUCAACUCAAGAGCCGUGGAACGGGAUAUUUAUGAUGGUCACGCUGGGCUGGAGAAGGUGGGAUUGUGGGUCAGCGCAAAGCUAUAA